GUUUAGUCUUAACUUUAUGUCGAAUACCCUAUAAAUAUCUGCUCUCAUAAUCUUCUCAACCUUCCACCACAGCUCCUACACCAAGAAAAACAUGUUCUUUCUCUUGAAAUCUUUGUCGAGAUCAGUCCACGAUGAAGAACACCAACACCAGCCGGAGUUGUCUGAGACCCAAGGCGGCAGCGGCGGCGGUACUGGUACCGGCGGUGAUAUUUGCACAUCACUAACGGUGUGGAGAAAAUCAUUGUUGGUUAGCUGUAGUGGAUUCACAGUGAUUGAUUGUACUGGAAAUCUAGUUUAUCGAGUUGAUAAUUACAUGGGAAAACGCCCCAAGGAAGUCACUCUAAUGGACGCCAAAGGGACAUCCAUUCUAACAGUGAAGCGUUGCAAGAAUCUUGGACUAACACAUAACUGGGUUAUCUACCGAGGGGAAGUGGGUGAUUACUGCACAUCAGUUGCAUCGGAAAAGCCAAUUUUCUAUGCGAGGAAGUGCAUUCACAUUUUGCAUACCAACCCUAAUGUGCUAGCAUACGUAUAUCGCCGGUCGUCGGACAAAAGGCACGCGUACACGAUCGAAGGAUCGUAUUCGAAUCGAUCGUGCAAAGUGGUAGACGAGAAGAAGAGAGUGGUUGCAGAGAUCAAGAGAAAAGCUGCAAUGAGUGGAGGUGUUUCUUUCGGCCUAGAUGUUUUUAUGUUGAUUGUAAAGGCAGGAUUUGAUCCUGCAUUUGCCAUGGCUCUGGUCCUUUUGCUUGAUCAAAUGUUCUCUUAGAUUUUGGAGGUGUAGCAUCAAUUACCAUG